UCGCACGGUCCUAAAGGAGUGUGAUGCUGAUUUCCAAAGGUGCUUCAACCGUUCCAAUUUACGACAGUGGAUUCAAUUCAAGAUAUAAGUGUACUGUAUUCAGUGCCCAAUAUUCGAGGACAAUGCUGACUGUCGUGCUGUGUGUUGCGGCCUUGGGGCACCUCGUCCUGGGAGAGAACCCCCAGGUCACCACCUCUUAUGGUACCAUGAAGGGGCAGGUCCUCAAGUCUAGAGAUGGCAGGGAUUUCUUCUCCUUCACUAAGAUCCCUUAUGCCAAGCCACCUGUCGGAGAGCGGAGGUUCUUGAUUUCUGAGAAAGCAGAUAACUGGACUGGGAUAUUGGACGCCACUCAAACCAUUCCAGCAUGUUACCAGUCAUUUAUGGAAUUCGUUAAGAUAGGACAAGAGGACUGCCUCUACUUGAACGUAUUCUCGCCAAACUUAGCCGGAAAAUUACCAGUUAUCUUCAGCAUACACGGCGGAGCCUUCCUGGGAGGUACUGCUGGUACCUUCGGCUCUGCAAGGUUUUUUAUGGAUGAAGAUGUGGUUUUUGUUGGCCUUAAUUAUCGUCUUGGAAAUUUAGAAGAUAACGUGAUACCUGGAAACAACGGUCUUAAGGACCAAGCAUUGGCAUUAGAGUGGGUUCAAAAGGAAAUCAGUGCAUUUGGAGGAGACCCGAAUCGGAUAACAGUUAUCGGAGAGAGUGCAGGGGGUGCAUCGACAGAUCUAAUUUGUUCAGCUCCGAGGACGAAUGGUAUUAUCAAAGCCUGCAUUUCGCAAAGUGGAGUUGGAUUAUCACCUUGGGUAUUUGGGAAACCAGGAAUACCCAGACAAAUGGCCUUGAACAUGGCAAAAGCAGUUGGUUGUUCAGAAAAUGGAGAUCUCCUUAAAUGUCUUCAGAGUAAACCGAUUGAGCGAGUCGCAAACACCUCUUUGAUGGUAGAUAAUGACCACAAUGUAAACCUCCCUACUCCAGUUUUGGAACCUGUAGGAGCUCCAGGGGCUUUGCUGACGAAGUGGCCAACGGGCACAAACCAUAAUUACCCUUGGAUUAUCGGAGUGGUUCAGGAUGAAGGACUAAUCAUGACUGCAGGAGUUCCACAUGCUGCGGAAUUGCCCUAUUUCUUCGAGGCAGUCUCGACUAAACCAGACUGGCCAAACGCGGCCGACAUUGCACUGUCCAAGCAGCUUGUCAAGAUGUGGGUGAACUUCGCCAGAGAUCAAACACCAAGCAGCCAGGGCACUGUACAAUGGCCCCAAUUCAAGGGACAAUAUUAUUUGGAUAUACAAGAUAGUGGAGUAACGAUCAGCAACUGGACCGAUUAUCAGGAGACACUCGAUUUCUGGAAAUCGAUAGUUCCAGAUGAGCCUUCUAAAUCGUCAACGAGUCAUUCAUCUUUGCUAUUGAUUGCAGCUAUGUGCAUCUUCUCCGUCUACAAAACCAUAAUAUGAUUCAUUCAGGACUGAUAGAUACAGAAUGAUGGGGCUCAUAGAUAAAUAAAAAAGAUCUAACGGAAAUCGAGAUAACAAUUCAAUCCUUAUCUAUUUUUUAAAAAUUUACUGGAUUAGUAUAAAUAAACUACACCAUUAUUAGUAUAUGUAUUAGAAAUGAGGUAUUUCCUUUAAAUUAUUUUCUGACUGUCAAUAGAUAAAAUGUGAUAAUUUUAAAAUUUAACAAAUCAAUCAAAGUAUGUUAUAAUUUAACUUAACAAUGAUGUAACAUGUGUUGAAUAAAAUUUUAUAUACGUAUUUUUA